ACUUGCACAUCCCUAAGCUGCCUAAGUCCCCCUUGUCUUCGUGUUUUGGUUAUGAUCGUAAUCUAUUAUUAUAGUAUGUUAACAAAAUAUCACUUAAUUGUUCUGUUCUGUUUCAGUGAAGAGAAUGACUGUCUGGUUGAUAAUGUGGACAGCACUCAUGGUAAUGGCUACAGAAGCUGUUCCAUGCCAUUACACCCAUCACUGUUCAGACUGUGACAGAGAGACGGGGGAUUGCCACACUGAGUGUGACACUGGGUAUUACGAUCGACAAUGCAACUCUACAUGCAGCAGAAACUGUAGGAAUAACACAUGCGUGCUGUCAGAACAUGGUAGCGGUAACUGCACUGAGGGUUGUGUGCCAGGUUAUUCUGGCAUUGGCUGCAACAUACCAUGUGACAGUCCAGGAGGUAGCUGUACAGCAUGUCCAGGUGGUUGUGAUGGAGGAUAUUGUCAGCUGGGGUCAUCCUGUGUGUCUGGAUGUGUAGACUCCUACUACGGGACUGUCUGUAAAGCUGGUACUACAGUGGGACUAUCUGUGGGACUGUCCGGAGUUUCCUCAAUCAUCUUCCUGGUCAUGUGCUGCAAGUGUUGUCAACGCUUAAGGCAGAACAGUGUCACCAACAAAACAGAGAUGUGCAACAACGUUGCCGAGAUGGGUGGUGCCACUGUACAGGAGCUGGAAUGGUAAACUGAGAUUCCACUGACAGACAUGACCCUGGCUUCUGGGUCAAGGUCAUCUGGAGGGAACUGCGGGGCUGGAGGUGAAGCAGCAGAUGUAGCGGGUGACGUUUAUGACGUCGCAGAUGGAGGACAACGCGGAUUUGCUGCUGUUAUUGACAACACAUACUCUAUGCUUAAAAGCAGAUUAUUUUGAAAAGAUCUUGAUAUGAGUAAUGCCAAUGUUAAUUAUGUAACGUCUGGUUUGAUCUACUGCCCCAAUUAUUGAGCGUCCACACAGAGAAGGGACUGCCAGCGUUUCCUGCUCAUAGUUAUUGUAUACUGAAAUAUGUCCAAACAUCAUAUGAGCUGAUAUCCUAAGCAGUGAUGACUUAGUAGGCCUGCAACUAUAACUGAUGAUUCUGGGAAUGGUCGUUCGAUGCAUAAUUACAACGGAAACGCCCUUCGAGGAAAUGAU